AUGUCCGCCGUUGCCAAGGGAUCCCCCAAACUGGGAUCCAAGACUGGUUCCCCCGCAAAACUCCGCAAAGCGUCCGGCUCCAGCGCUCCCUCCAAGGCAGGUGGUUCAGAAAGCCCCGCCCAGACCGUCAAGAACGUCAAAGACACCCCCAGCAAGCAGGCCAAGAAGACUCCGCGCAAGCUCACCCCCAAGGCACCCCAGUCCAUUCAAGAGGAUACCGCCGACGACGUCUCCGUGCCCGAGACCCCGUCACCCAAGUCCAAGAAGAAGAAGGCGCCUCUGUCGGAACAGCGCCGCCCCAGCUCCCAGCCUGAUGAUGCGGUCUCACAGGCUUCGGGGUCUGCGGCACCCAUGAAGAAGAAGUCGGCUUCCGGGUUGACUAAGAAGGCGAAGGGUCUGGCGGGCAAGGCGAAGGAUUCUGCGCAGGAUACUACUGAGCAGGCGACCGAGACUGCCCAGGACACUGCCAAGCAGGCCAAGGAUACUGCGUCCAAGGGCUCGGAGAGCGUGACUAACAAUGUGCCCCUGGAUCUAUCUGCGCUGAAGGGCCUCGAGGUCGCUGACGGCGGGAAGAUUCUCGGCAAGGACGGUAACCCUCUGGGUGAAGUCGUCGAGGGUGACCCCGAGGAUCUGGUCGGUCAGACCGUCGGUGACGAUGGCGAGAUCUUCGAUGAAGAUGGCGACCUCAUUGGUCGUGUGGAUCUUCUGCAGGACGCCCAGGACAAAGUCAACGGUGUCAAUGGUGCCGCCGACGAGGCCACCGGCAAGGCCAGGGACGCUGCCAAGAACGUUACUGAAAACGUUCCGCUCGACCUCUCUGCUUUGAAGGGUCUCGAGGUUGGCGAUGGUGGCAAGAUCUUCGGCAAGGACGGCAACCCCCUGGGUGAAGUCGUCGAGGGUGACCCCGAAGAUUUAGUGGGUCAGACCGUCGGUGACGAUGGCGAGAUCUUCGACGAAGAUGGCGACCUUAUCGGCCGCGUCGACAUUCUCGACAACCUCAAGCAGCAGGCUGAUGACGCUGCCGAUGUCGACGGGGUGGCUGACAAAGCCAAGGACUCUGCUUCCAAGGGAGCCGUGGGCGUAACCGAUAACCUCCCUCUCGACCUGUCCGCCCUCAAGGGUCUUGAAGUCGCCGACGGUGGCAUGAUCCUCGGCAAGGACGGAAACCCGGUGGGCAAGGUCGUCGAGGGUGACCCGGAGGACCUCGUCGGUCAGACCGUUGGUGACGACGGUGAGAUCUUCGACGAGGACGGUGACCUGAUUGGCCGCGUUGAUAUUCUCCACGAUGCUGAGGAGCAGGCCAACGGCGUCGCCGACGAUGCCCAGUCCAAGGCCAGCGCUACCAAGAAUGUCAUCACCGAUAUCGCUCAGCUUGAGGGUCUCGCCGUCUCGGACGGCGGCGUGAUCAAGAACUCUGCUGGCCAGGUCGUCGGCAAGAUCGUCGAGGGCGACCCUGAGGAUCUCAUUGGCUACACUCUGAACGACGACGGUGAAGUCGUCGACGACGAUGGCGAUGCCAUUGGCCGUGUCGAGCUGCUGCCUGCUGAGGAGCAGGAGAAGAACAUGAUCGAGGGUCUUGAAAACGCCACCCAACAGGCCGACGAAGAAGAUGAGGAUGAGGAUGACGAUGAGGACUACGAGGACGCCAAGGACAACAUCCCUGCUGCCAGCUCCAAGAAGGCUGCCGGUAGUGUCGCCAGCAUGGCUGCUAGCAAGCCCAGCAAGUCCGCCAAGGACGCCGAAGAGGCUGCGGACGUUGCUGAGGAUGCAGAGGAUGCUGCAGAUGCCGAGGAUGCAGAAGACGCCGUCGACGAUGGCAAGGACGCUGUUCCUGACGCAGAAGACGCUAAGAAGAACGUCGAAGAGGGCGCUGACGAAGCCGAGGACGCUGCCGAUGUUGACGUCGACGAGGCCAAGGAGACCGCUGAGGAUGGUGUCGAGGGUGCCACCGACAAGGCUGAAGAGGCAGCUCCCGACACCGAGGAGGCCAAGGAGAAUGCCGAAGAUGCUGUCGAGGGUGCUGAAGAUGCCGCCGACCAGGAUGAAGAAGAAGAUGUCCCUGAAGGCAUGCGUAUCCCGGACAUUGACACCCUUGAGGGUCUGACCUGCAACAAGCGCGGUUAUGUCAUCGACCCCGACACCAACAAGCCCGUUGGUGAGCUCAUCGAAGGUGAUGCCAAAAAGAUCUCCCGCAUGAAGGCCAAGCUGGAUGAGAAAGGUCAGUUUUGGGACAACAGGGGCAACGUGAUUGGCAAGGUUAAGGCUCUCCCUGUUGAAGACGGUGACGACGAGGAGGGACCUUUCGCCGGUCUCGACGGUCUCGUCGUCGGCGAAGACGGCUGGGUCGUUGAUGAGAACCAGACUCGCGUUGGUAAGCUCGUUGAGGGCGAUGCCAAGAAGUUGCUCGGCCGUGGUGUCGACGAGGACGGUGAGGUGCUCGACCGUCAUGGUAGCGUUAUUGGUCGUGCUGAGCGCUACGAAGAGCCCGAGCCCGAGCCCGAGGAGGAGGAGACCGGUCCUGAUCUCUCUGUCCUUGACGGCAAGCACUGCAACAAGGCUGGUUACGUGAUCGGCGAGGAGGGCUUCCCUAUUGCCCGCGUCAUCGAGGGUAACCCCAAGGAGCUUGCCGGCAAGAAGAUCUACGACGGUGAGAUCUACGACGGUAAGAAGCUCGUCGGCCGGGUUGAGCUGAUCCCCGAGGAUGAGCGAGAGAGCAAGCCUGAGGGUCCCUUCGCCGGCAUGGAUGAGCUGUACCUCAACAAGGAAGGUUUCGUCGAGGAUGAGGAUGGUUCAAUCGUCGGCAAGCUCGUCGAGGGUGAUGCCAAGAAGCUCCGUGGUCGCGCCGUUGACGAGGAUGGCGAAAUCACCGACAAGUACGGCAACGUGAAGGGCCGUUGCGAGCCUUAUGAGCCCGAAGAGGAGGCCGCGCCCGAGGAGGCUGACCUCUCUCUUCUUGAGGGCAAAGUUGUCAACAAGACCGGCAAGGUCGUCGACCCCUCUACCGGUGCGGUCUUCGGUCGUGUUGUCGAAGGCGGCAAGGGUCUGGCUGGUCGCAAGGUCGAUGGUAAGGGCCAGAUCUGGGGUGAUAACGGCCAGGUCAUCGGCCGCGCUGAGCUCAUCCCCGGUGCUGAUCAGGACAAGGCUGAGGGUCCCUUCUUCGGAUUCGACAACGCCGAGGUUGGCAAGGACGGUGUCGUUCUCGACGGCGGCCGUGUCAUUGGACGUCUCAUUGAAGGUGACGCUAAGCGUCUCCUUGGUCGCAAGGUCGAUGAGGAUGGUGACGUCCUCGACAAGAACGGCAACACCAUUGGAAAGGCUGAGCGAUGGGAGCCCGAGGAGAAGAAGCGCGACAUCAACCCUAUGUCUGGCCGCAAAGUCAACAAGGAGGGUGAGGUGCGCGAUGCUGAUGGCAACCUCAUCGGCAAGCUGACCUCUGGUAACCUCGCUACCUUGAUCGGCAAGGAAAUUGAUGAUAACGGCUUCGUUGUCGACAACGACGGUAACCGUCUCGGCGAGUGCACUCUUCUCGAGAACAUCCCUGAGCCCGAGCCCGAAGAGGAGGAGGAGGAGCAGGGUCCUACUGCCGAAGAACAGGAAGCUCAAGCCAAGGCUGAGGAGGACCGCAAACUGGCCGAGAAGAUGAUCACCAUCAUGCGCCAGACUCUUGACCAGGUCAAGCCUGUUUGCAAGCAGAUCACUGACCUUGUUGAAAAGGCCGACCGCACUCCAAAGGACGAACUGGACGAAGACAAGCUGGUCAAGGAUGUGAAGCCCUUGCUCGAGGAAGGUGGUCGCAUUCUGCAAGAGUGCAAUGGCUCCAUCCGAGCCCUCGAUCCGGAUGGUCGCAUCGCCGCUACCGCCAAGGCCCGCGCUGCCUCGCGCGAGGCCACUCCCGAGGAGUACCAGCUCGCUGACCUACUCAAGGAACUCACCGAGACCGUUGUCAAGACCAUCGACAACGGCAAGAAGCGUAUCGCUGACAUGCCCAAGGCCAAGAAGAAGCUGAACCCCCUGUGGAAGCUGCUCUCUGAGCCUCUGUUCCAGAUUAUUGCCGCCGUUGGUCUGUUGUUGAACGGUGUGCUCAGCUUGCUUGGCCGUCUUUUGGACGGACUUGGCCUUGGUGGUCUGCUUAACGGCAUUCUUGGUGGUCUUGGUCUUGACAAGCUCCUGGGCGGACUUGGCCUGGACAGUAUCACCGACUCCCUGGGUCUCACUGGCAAGAAAUAA